CAGAACUCCUCCAAGCAGGAUGAAAACCGACCUGGAGCUGGCCCUGGAGUGUGCUGUGAACGUCUACCACCAGUAUGCUGUGCUGAACCGCCCCAUCGACGACUACCUGAGCAAGACCGAGUUCUCCAAGCUGCUGAAGGAGACGGCCAAGCCCUUCCUGAACGACACCAAGCCGCCCAACAUGAGCACUGACGACUACAUCAACCAGCUCUUCACCAAAGCCGACGGGAACCACGACGGGCGCCUCAAGUUCACUGAGUUCAUGACCACGCUCAACCUGGUGGCCAUCAAUGCCCAUGACAGGUCCCACAAGGGCCCUGGUGGGGACCAUGACCAUGGGCACGACCACGGGCAUGACCACGGGCACGACCACGGGCACGACCACGGCCGCCGUCCCCGGAACUGA